AUGAGUGCUGCUGCUGAACAACGCAAACUGCUCGAGGCCCUGAUGGGCAAAGAAGCCCUUGGAGGCAUACCAGACAAUAUAGUCUACACGGAUCCAAAAGUAUGCAAGAGUUUUCUACUGGGAUUAUGUCCACACGACCAGUUCAUGAACACUAAAGCUGAUUUAGGUCCAUGUGAAAAAGUCCACGGCGAGAAACUAAAACUCGCGUUCGAAACCGACAAGGCUGCUGGAACCGCUCCCGACUAUGAACGUGAAUGGUUUGCGACUCUAGACGCUUUCGUCGCUGACAACGAUCGAAAGAUUGUUUCAUCAAACAGGAGAUUGGACAAGACGCCUGAGGAUCCUAGAGGUGCUAAUUUGAUGAAGGAAAUUGCAGACUUAACAGAUGAAGUCAACAUACUUGUCGAACAAGCACACAAGCUAGGUGAAGGUGGAAGUGUUGAUGAGGCAUGGGGCGUGUUUGCUAAUGUGGAGAAACUCAUGACGAUUCGUGGUGACAGGAUUAAAGAGUUACAAGACGUCCAAAAAUCAAUCGAACACGGCCAACAACAGAAACUACGUGUCUGUCAUGUCUGCGCUGCCUAUUUAUCCAUAUUUGAUUCGGAUCGCCGCCUUGCUGAUCACUUCACAGGCCGAAUGCACAUGAACCACAAACGAAUCAGAGAAAAAGUAGAUGAACUGAAACCGAAAUAUGGACGUACUAAUUCAUUUGGUGGUGGUGGGUAUGACGGGGGAAGAGAUCGGUAUGAUGAUGGGUUUAAUCGUAGGCCGAGAGAUGAUUAUAAUAAUAACGGUGGUGGGUCGAGGUCUGGGUAUGGAGAUCGUGGCGGGUCUGGUGGUGGAUAUGGUGGUGGACGACGAGAUGACUAUCGUGGUGGCGGAGGAGGAGGACGCACUGGAGGAGGUGGAGGAUGGGGUAGAUAUUGA